CAUGAAUAAAGUGAGUGGGAAAAAAUAGCUUAUACAUGGAAUGGAACCCGCACUCCUGCAUGCAGCAGCCGCCAUUACGGGAACCCCUGAAAUUGCCGGAAAGUGCGCGCCAUCGCUCCCAUUUUCAAAACCACCUCUCGUUUUAUACGCCAUAAUUUCACCGCGCUCUUCCACCUUCUCUCGAAGAUUUUUGUUCUCCUCUCUCCAUUUGCCCGGAUUCCUCGUUCUCCCUUUGGUUGAAGAGAAGGAUUCAAGAAAAAAGCGCAUAAUUAAAGAGGAUCGGAGGAGGAUUUUUCUUCCCCCUUUUGGCAGUUUAAGGUGAGGUGAGGUGUUUUAGGGUUUUGUUUUUUUUAAAUUUGUCGAUUCGGAUAUAGAAGAUGAAAUUCGGAGACACGUUCAUGGAGUAUCUGCACGGAGAUCAAGAAUGGUUCUUGGAUAAAUGCUCGCAUGUUGAAUACAAGCGGCUGAAGAAAGUUCUUAAGAGCUGUCGGACUUGCAGGCUUAAUAAUUCUUACACGAAUGAAUGUGAAUGCAAGUCUUGCCCUCUGUGUGAUCAGUUGUUCUUUACGGAGUUGAUGAGGGAAGCCACGGAUAUUGCGGGGUGUUUCAGCACAAGAGUCAGACAUCUUCUUCAUCUUCAUGUUGCUAGCGGAAUUGAGAGAUACUUGGUGCGAUUUUGUCAAUGCUUUAAAAAUGAGCAACCAACAAUGAUACAAGAAGGCCGCUUGCUGAUUGAAUAUGUUACAAUGAAUGCUAUUGCUAUCAGAAAAAUUCUUAAGAAAUACGAUAAGGUACAUAGCUCUGUAAACGGAAAGAAGUUUAAGUUGAAAAUGCGAGCUGAACAAUUGGAGCUUUUGCAAUCUCCCUUGCUCGUAGAAUUGGGUGCUUUUUGUCUGAAUUUUAAAGGACCAGACAGUGGAAAUCACCCCACAGAAUUAUCCACUCACUUUUCUGUUGAUGUCGAUGUGACACCGACUAUGACUUUGAUGCUUCCACAUUCUAUAAAGAUUGAAUAUGAUCUUACAUGCCCUAUUUGCUUGGAGACUCUGUUUGAUCCAUAUGCUUUGAGUUGUGGGCAUCUUUUCUGCAAAUCAUGUGCUUGUUUGGCUGCUUCUGUGAUGAUCUGUGAUGGACCGAAGGCUGCCAGCCAGGAGUCAAAAUGCGCAGUUUGUAGAGAGACUGGGGUGUAUCCUAAAGCUCUGCACAUGGUGGAACUGGACAUGCUAUUGAAAAGAAGGUGUAGAGAGUACUGGAAGGAGAGGGUUGUGGAAGAACGAGCCAAGGUUCUGAAGCAAACCAAAGAUUUCUUGGAUUCCCAGACUAGAUUUGUGGUCGGGUAUUAAAUACACAGUGCCCAUCUCAUCUUCCCAUUUCUCUAUGAGUCCGAUUUUUCAUGAUUUCUUCUGCUGCAUUUGGCUGCCAUUUGGAGGCUGUUAACUUGCCCUUUUCAAACAAACAUUUGGGCGCUGUGUUUUAUACAAAGAAUCUGUGCGGAAAGGAAACUCCAUGACGUUCUUUUGGACGCGUGCAACACAGAUGUUGACUCCUCCAGAGUAAGAAAGUAUUGACUUUGCUUUUGCUUUUUUGUCAUUUUUCCUAAUCCAUAAAUCCUCCGGCAGUCCAGAUGCGUAGUAUUAGAUAUGGUUUGUUUGUCUUUAAUAUCUUUAGUUGAGGAUAGACAAGAAAAGAAAGAAAAGAAAAAGAAAAAAAAAUUCAAAUUGUGCCACUGUAAUGAUUACAUGCGACAUUUUGUAGUGGUCGGUUUGUUGGUAUUGAUAUGAGAGUUAAGAAUUAUCUAUUGUUUUGAUAGUGGGUUUGAUAUAUUAAUAAAUAAAUAUUUGCUGAGCUA